CUACACCACCUUACGUCACCAAUUUCAAUUUGGCGCGGGGAAUGAAGCAAAACAAUUUGACAACUCCGCUGAAGAAUUAAGUUACGUCAGGUAUGUCGAAAAGGGAGGCUUUUAUAAACUCCGUCUGUAUCAGUAAGACUGAGGAUUUCUUCACCUUCAUCACACUUCAUAAGGAUGCCUCCGAGCCUUUUGACCUUCGAGAGCUACUGCAGGAGCUGCAGAAGGCUCAGCGGCAGGCUCUAUGGAAAAAACUGGCCAAACUUUUGCAGGACGCUGUGGUGGCAUGUCCCGCAGAACGCUGGAAUGCGACAGAUGUAGAGCAGGACGAGCAGGGCAUGGAAUUAGAAGUGCCCCUGGAGUUGAAGCAGACCAUGCAAGUUAUUCAGGGUGUGACUGAAGUGGCCACAGCCUGUGUGGAGACCAUAGAGGAGGGUGACACAUACACAUCUCUGCUUGACUGUGCCAACAUACUGAACGAUCUCCUGAGUUUCCUCCCCCAAUCAGAGGCAGCGCUGCAGAAGAGUGUCCAUGAGCUGUUUGGCUGCUGGUGGAUCAAAGGCCUGCAUGGGAAAGAGGAGCUCGGACUGACGGUCCUCCUGACCUGCCUCAGGAAACCGGUGCCUGACAUGAAGAGGCUGUGGGUGUUUCACGAGGCGCUGCUGAGCGUGCCCUUAGACUCGGAGCUGGGUCAGGAGCUGGCCAACCAGCUGCUGCUGUGCUUCCUCAACGCCAACCACAUCAGGAGGGACGAGGGGAAGCGUUUCCUGGUGUUCCUCUUCAGCUGGGACUUGGUCUUCAUCCGCAUGAUUCACAAAACCGUAAAAAAUCAGCUCCAGUUCUUCCGCAAGGCUGAAAUGGAGCACUUAGCAGAGAUCUACUUUCGGGCCUGGAAGAAAGCUUCCGGAACCUUCCUUGAGGAGAUCGAGUCCAACUGCAUUCAGGAAUUUAUGCAGCAUGGCAUCCAGCUGCACCGCAACUCGCCUGUGCUCCCAAAAGUCCGGCAGAUACUGAGCUAUUUCCACAAGCAGAAGUUUCGGCAGGGCCUGGAUGAGAUGCUGCACAGGUUGUAUCGCCCCAUCCUCUGGAGAGCCCUUAAGGCGGCCAAUGGGGAGGUACGAGCCAAUGCCACGCUGCUAUUCACCGAGGCCUUUCCCCUGAAGGACCCCAGUAUGGAUGUGGCAGCCACUGACGAGAGCCUGCAGAGGCAGCUGGACACGCUGUUUUACCUGCUGGACGAUCAGCAGCCGCUGGUGCGCUCCACCGCAGUGCUGGGUACAUGUACAGUGCUCUCCAAGUGCUGGGAGUUCAUCCCCUCCGACAUCAUCGGCGACCUCCUGAAGAAGAUGGUGCAGCAGCUGGCCUACGACGCCAGCUCCCCCGACGUCAGAUGCUCCGUCUUCAUGUGCAUGUCAAUCAUCCUGGACAACAACCUGACCCACGCUGUGCUGGAGAACCUGCUGCCGCUGCUGAGGACCAGCCUGCACGACACCUCAGAGAAAGUGCGCGUGGCCUUUGUGGACAUGCUCAUCAAGAUCAAGGCUGUGCGGGCCACCAAGUUCUGGAAGGUGAGCUCCAUGGAGCAUCUGCUGGCUCGCCUGGAGAGGGACUCACCUUCCGUCUCCAAGCGCAUCGUCAACCUCCUCUUCAGCUCCUUCUUCCCGGUCAACCAAUCGGAGCUGGUCUGGUGUGAGCGCUGUGUCACGCUCAUCCAGAUGAGCCCCAAAGCUGCACGCAAGUUCUACCAGUACGCUCACCUGUACACCGCCCCCAACAACUUAGGCAAACUGAUGCUCAUCAUUCGUAAGUGUCUGAACUCGUGCAUUAAGAAGGCCCAAGAUCAAGACCCUGAUGACACAACUUCUGCCAACAAGGAAAAUCUCUCUGAGCUGGAGGACGUGCUGUCGGUCAAAGACACGGACACCAUGGCCCGGCUGCUGGAGAUUGUGGUGAUCCUGUGGAGGAGCAUCCAGAAGUCCCUGCUGCGCAACAAGGAUGUCAUGGACUACCUGGUGGCCAAGUUCGCCACCGUGCUGCCCGAGUACCUGCGCUUCUUCCAGGAUGACCAUGCCUGCACUGUAGCGCUCCUGUGCAUGGCCUCUCUGCUUCCGGCUGCCUCCGUGCCCUCAUUCAGCUGUGGAGUUCUGUCCCGCCUGAGGAAGCUGGAGGUAGGCGCGUCCGUCUCCCACUACAGUCAGAUCCUGGACUGCCUGUGCAGCUGGGGGCAGGCCUCCCACAUCCUGGAGCUCAUCAGCGACUGGCUCACAGAGGCCCUGGCCAAAGCUGCAGCCAAAGAUGACUCGGCGCGACGUGUGCGUAUCCAGGAAACCAUGGAGGCCAAGCCAGACCUGGGCCUAGAUUUCUUGGACUACCUCCUCAACCACCCCCCCACCCGGGACGCUGUGCUCAAUGUGGCCCUGGGCAAGCUCAAACAACUACUGAAAGCUCUCAGCUCCUGUAAGUCGGAGCUGUACUCGUGUGUGAGUGCGUUUGAGCCUCCAGCGCGUGCAAGGACCACAGAGACUGCCAUGAAAGCAUUCAGCUUGCACAGCCGACUCUUGGUACACCUCCAGAGCAAGUCUCCAGAGGACAGGGACCGCCUGCAGGACCUGGAGCUCUCGGCCGCUUGGGUGACCGAGCGAAUCCUGCCCUUCCUGGUGGCCCCCGCCGAGGACGUUAUCUCAACACAGCAGGUCAAGUUGGCCCAGAGGGUGGUGGAGACCUGCCUAACUGUGUUGAGGGACGUCAUUAUCGUUGGCCAAGGGGACAUGGAGUUCACAAGUAAAGUCCUGGACCUGUGUUCUGUGGUGCUGCUGUCGGAGAGGGGCUACCUGUGCAUCCCUGCCAUUCUGUCUGUGCUGUCCAGCUUGGGCAAGGACUGCAUGUCCCAGGGUGCACCGGGACAGGAAGAGCAGGUGCCCGUUGUCAUUGGUGUGUUAACCAACAUCUUUCAUAAGAUCCUGGAGGUGAUGGCACUGAAGCUGCGUAAAGACCGGGAGGAGGGAACGCAGGUGUGCCUCUCCUCAAGGACGGCUCUAAUGGACUUCUUGAGCGUGGCACAGGAGCUGGCAUCCGUGCACCCUGAGGGGCAUGAUGGGGUCUUCUCCUCUCUCUUCGCUGCCAUCGUCGUUGAGAUCAGCCAUGCCCUACACAAGGUGUCUCACGUCGAGCAGCUGUCCACCCCAGAGACCACCGAGGACCUGCCUCCUCUCUCCAGCCACAUCCUGGAGAUCCUCCUCAAAUGCCCUCCAGCUGUAACCCGGUCACUCUUCGCCAUGACUCAGCAGUCUCUGGACGCGGACGAGAUUGAAAGCUUGGCGGGCCUGGCUGCCGUAACACACCUUCUGGCCGUCGUCAAACCAACGGGCAAAUUCAAGGCAGAUCUGAAGAGCAUUGCCGUGUCUGUCCAGAGGCAAAUGGAGAGGCACUGUGCAGGAACUGGCGAAAGUGAAGAGGAAAUCCAAAAAUUGUUAUACAUCUCCUCAGUUCGCACGGUGAAUGAGAUUCUAAUGCCUUAAGGGGAAGGAGGCUACCAGGAUACAAGAGACCUAUUUUCCUUUUUUCUUUUUCUCGUUUGUUGUAUGUUGUGAGUAAACCUAUUUAUGCUGUCCUCCUGUACUGUCAUAUAUGUUUAUAAAUUAAACUUUAUCUGCAUGUGAAAAAAAAAGAGAGAGAAAUGUGUACUUUUAUCACUUGGCUUCUUACAUUUGUCUUUCCAAACCAUUUUGUCAUUAAAAAGAAAACACUUUUAUAGAGAAUAGGUUGCUCCUUCCUUUUGAUCCCCAGACUUCCUGA